AUGGACUCAUCACCCGGCACAACCACCGCCUCUCCCAUAAUGGCGCCUCAGGAGAUGCUCGAAAAGACGGCUUCGGCCACGCCAACCGCCGAGCGCGCCGACACAACACCCCCCAACACGGGCACCGACACAACCACAGACCAAGGCCAUGCCGUCCACAAGACAGACACCAACCUCUCCUACUCGCGGCGCUUCCUCACCGGCUGGCCCCUCUUCUCGGUCAUCGCCGGCGUCUCCGUCGUCGUCGUCCUCACCCUCCUCGACCUCGCCAUCAUAGGCACCGCCCUCCCCCAGAUCACCAGCGACUUCCACCGCCUCGGCGACGUCGGCUGGUACAUUAGCGCCUACACCCUCGGCAACGCCGCCGUCCAGCCCCUCUCCGGCAAGAUGUUCACCUAUUUCAACCUCAAGUGGACCUUUCUCCUCUUCUUCCUCGUCUUUGAAGUCGGCAGCGCCCUCUGCGGCGCCGCCACCUCGAGUGCCAUGCUCAUCGCUGGACGGGCCGUCGCCGGUAUAGGCGGCAGCGGUCUUGUUAAUGGCGGCCUCACCAUCAUCAUGGCCGCUGCCAAACCCGAGCGCAUGCCCCUCUACACGGGUCUCGUCAUGGGCGUUGGGCAGGUCGGCAUCGUCGCGGGGCCUCUCCUCGGUGGCGCCCUCACCCAGCACGCCAGCUGGCGCUGGUGCUUCUACAUAAACCUGCCUCUGGGCGUCGUCGCGGGUGCCCUCAUGGCCUUUGUCAACGUUCCCGAGCAGAGGCCCAAGGAUCCCUUUAGUCUCGCCCUCGUCCGCCGACUCAUCCCCGUCUUCGACCUCCCCGGCUUCGCCCUCCUGGCCAGCGCCACCGUCAUGCUGCUCCUGGCCCUGCAGUUCGGCGCCGAGUCGUACGGCUGGCGCGCACCCACCGUCAUCGGCCUCUUUGUCGGCGCUGGCGUGGGCUAUGCCGUGUUCGCCUUUUGGGAGUGGCGCCUCGGCGAGGACGCCAUGAUCCCGCUCUCCAUCCUCACCAGCCGCGUUGUCUGGUGUGCCGGUCUCUACAUGGGCUUUCUCAUGUCCUCGGUCAUUGUCGGCACCAACUUUAUCCCCAUCUACCUGCAGAGCGUCAAGGGCCUGUCCCCGACCAUGAGCGGCGUCUACAUGAUGGCCACUGUUGGCGCGCAGGUCGUCCUCAUCGUUCUGAGUGGCGCCCUCGUCAACAAGUCCGGCUACUACAUCCCCUGGGCCCUCGUCGCCGCAGGAGGCACCAUGAUCGCCUCGGGUCUCGUCUCGACCUGGUCCCGCACCACCGCCGCCGGGCCCCUGGUCGGCUACCUCCUCGUCAUGGGCCUGCGAGGCACUGGCUUUCAGAUACCCGUCAUUGCUGUGCGCAUGGCCGUGUCCGCCGCCCAGAUCGCCAUGGGCACCUCCUUCAUCGUGUUUGGACAGAAUUUCAUGGGCUCCAUCUUCACCACUGUCGCCAACGCCAUCUUCCAGGAGACGCUGGCCACGCAGAUUGGCCACAUCAAUGGCGUCAGCCCCGAGGCCGCCAUCGCAGCUGGGGGUAGUGCGGACGCUGUGCGUGCGCUGGCACCGCCUGGCCCGACGAGGGACGCCAUAUUGGAUGCGUACGCGGAUGCCUUUAGCGAUGUCUUUCUGUUGCUCAUCGCGACGGCGAGCGCUGCCUUUGUAGUGGCGUUUGGGAUGGGCUGGUAUGAUCUGCGGCCGAAGAAAGAGACCAAGGAGGAGACCAGAAAGAACGAGCCGCAGCAGACGGCUGAAGAAGUGUAA